GCACCCUUUUGGCUGGUCUCCCUCGCGGCGUGCUGGUUUCGCUCCACCACCGCCGCCGCCCUCAAGGCCCCCGCGGGCUACUUCCCUGCUUCCUGGGGCCGCAGGCGCGGCGAUAGCCUCACGGGCGCUAGGUGCAGAUCCCCGCCUCCCCUCCCCCAGCCCCGUCGCCCCGCCCCGCCAGGCUGGGCUGCGGGGUCAGGGGCCGAGCGGAGCGGGAAUGGGAGAGUGAAAUUACUUCUUACCUUCUUCCUAAUGGGAUGUCCUGCUAUAGAAGUCAGAGCAAACAUCAGCUACCAAUAGAGAUCCUUCACUUCUAGUCCAGUUAUUUAAAAUGGAAGAAGAUGAGUUUUUUGGAGAAAAAACAUUCCAGCAUCAUUGUUCAGAAUUCAUUAAACAUUCACGACAGAUAGGUGAUGGUUGGGAAUGGAAAUCAUCAAAGGACUGUUCUGAUGGCUACAUGUGCAAAACACAUUUUCAAAUAAAAAGUGCGACUGUGGUGUCAAAUCCAGGAAUAUAUAAUGGUGUACAAACAUGUCUUCCUGUGGAGGAGGUUUUAGAGGUACCCUUGGAUGAUUUUGAAGUGACCCAGACUGCAAUGGCAUCCGAAGUGAUUAAAUAUGAAUAUCAUGUCUUAUAUUCCAGUAGCUACCAAGUGCCUGUACUUUACUUUAGGGCAAGCUUUUUAGAUGGGAGACCCUUAGCACUGAAGGACAUAUGGGAAGGAGUCCACGAGUGCUAUCAGACAAGACUGCUACAGGGACCAUGGGACACUAUUACCCAACAGGAACAUCCAAUACUUGGGCAACCCUUUUUUGUACUUCAUCCCUGCAAGACUAAUGAAUUCAUGACUCCCAUAUUAAAGAAUGCUCAGAAAAUCAAUAGGAACAUCAACUAUAUUACAUCAUGGCUGAGCAUUGUAGGGCCGGUUGUUGGACUGAAUCUUCCUCUAAGUUAUGGCAAAGCAACCUCUCAAGAUGAGUGAAAUGUCCAUUGUCAAGAUUGUGGCAUGAAGAGCAUCAAGAGUACCUGACCAGUCCUGGUUUUAACGAGACCAAUACUGUGCAAUAUUCCGCUUUGCCAAGAUCUGACAUGGAUUUUUUUCUCUAGGAAAAAAAUGUCUGUGGUAACUGAUAUUUGAAUCAGAAACUGAAUGUUUAGAAGAAACAUGUUAAAGAUAUAAAUCACUAUAAAUAGCAAAAAAUGAAUCUAGUCCAGUAAUACUAUAAAUACUGACAUCAUUGGGGUACUUACAGAUCAUUCUUUUCUGGGCUAAGCACUUCAUAUCCUUUUUCUGAUAUGGAGAUUGAUGGAGAAAUGUAUCUAUGCAUUCAUUUUAAUAUAAUAUGUAUGAAAAUUAAAGUAUAGAACAUACAUGUUCCUGAAAACUAAUGUUAUAAACAUAAUGUUUCUUAAAUUAUUCUCCCAUAAUCAAAUUCAGGAAAAAUUGAUUAUUUCUGAGAGAGAAAAAGAGAGUGCAUGUGUGUACAGAUAGAAAGAGUACAGAUUAAAGAAAGAGUACAAUAUUUUAUUAUAAGUGAAUUAAUGUGUUUUUACAAGCAAAGUAUGGCACAGAUUAGAAGUUUUUUAAAGGCUAUAGGAAAUAUUUAAACAUUAACUUUUUUUUUACGUAUGGUAAUAAACAAUGAUCAUUUUGUCCCUCAAAUUCUCAAACCCAUAAAUGCUCUACUGCAGUUGGGGGAUUUUGUGCAAGUCUUCCUAUCUGUAAGACUUACUUUCUUCAUCUUUAAUAAGAAUAAGCUACCUGGAAGGUUGCAGUAUGAACCAUGCAAGAUCAUUAAUGCAUGAGAAAACACUGGAAAGUAUGGUACAAGUAUUCAUCGAGUGUUCACCUUUCUUAUAAUUGAUUGUUAUUCACUCAGUCUAUAAAUAAGUUUAACAACAAGUAAGAUAUUAAGAUAAACUUCGGGGUUGGGGAUGGGUCUCAGUGGUAAAGUGCUUACCUAGCAUUCAUGAAUGAGGCCCUGGGUUGCAUCCCCAGCAACACACACACACACACACACACACACACACAAACACAAAGGUACCACAUCAUUGUCUGUUUUGGUUGCUUGUUUUGUUUUCCAUUUUAACUUUUUAUGCACUGAAAUUAGGAGAAAAAUGUAGCCAGCCCUCAGAUAAUCUAGUUUCUUUCUAGCAUAGGAUGUACUUAAGAAUCACCUGAGGAUGUUUUACAGCUACAAAUGCUAGGACCACCUUCUGAAACAGUCUGUAUGGGUGAUUCUGAUGCAAACCUGGAGAACCUCUGGUACUAUUUUUUUUCUUUUUAUUGUGACAUUGAUUUGUAUUGUUUUGCUUUACCGAUAAGCCCUUUCUGAUUUUAUACAAGGUGAACUUGCUUCCAAAUGCUCAUCUGAGCAUCACAGAUGCUCCUCAACUUACCAUACGGGUAACUGAAGAUAAACUCAUCUUCAGUUGAAAAUACCGUAAGUCUGCAAUGCAUUUAAUACACCUAAUCUACUGAAUAUGAUAGAUUUAACACAAAGUCUGUUGUAUAAAAAAGUGUUGAAUAUCUCACAAACACACACAGCUAGGCAUCAUGUAGACAUGAUAGGAUGCUAAAACACAAAACACAAUACCCCCCCCCCAAACCCUGGCAACACAGUAUACUGUAGAAUAUUGGUUGUUUAGCCUCAUGAUCUCAAGGUUGACUGGAAAAUACA